UCAUUAUGCCAUUUCUAAAGAUAAGAUUCGUCUCUCACUAAAAACAUCAUGGACAUGGACAUGCACACACUUCUACCAAAAAAGAAACGCCAUUGAUACACCACAUACCAUUGCAUAUCUCCGAUACACAUUUUUUUCUUUAUUCCCUAAUGCGCCCGCCAUUCUUUUUUGUUCUAUAAAUACUGCAUCCUCAUUUCCCUUGAACAACAUUGCUAGCUAGCUUGUGUAGUGCUUUCCCUCGUAACAUUUUUUUGAGUGUUUUAAUCUCCUUGUUCAAUAUCAUUUGUUUUUUCUCAUUACCCAUUAAGCUAUAACAAAUAUGUCGAUCAUUCCUAAUAGCGUCUUUGGUGGUCGAUUUGAUCCAUUUUAUUGGGACCCAUUCGAGGACUUUCAUUUCAAUUCCAGUAUCGCUGUGCCCCAUACUCCUUUCCUCAAUGAAACAACGUCCUUCGUCAGCGCUAAGAUAGAUUGGAAGGAGACCCCAGACGCAUACGUGUACAAAGUAGAUCUUCCUGGAAUGAAGAAAGAUGAAGUGAAGGUGGAAGUGGAGCACGGUAAGGACCUCUGCAUUAACGGCAAAAGGAAGGUAGAGAAAAAGGAGAGGGCCGACCAGUGGUACCGUGAGGAGCACAGCAGCUGCGAAUUCUUUAGGCGUUUCAGGCUGCCUGAGAAUGCCAAGGCGAAUAAGAUGACAGCAACUUUAUAUAAUGAAGUGCUUACUGUUACAGUUCCUAAGGAGGAGACCAAGAAGCAUAUUGCCAGAAUAAUUGAUAUUUGUUAAGACUGUUUAUUUCACACACACUCACUUGCACACACACCAAUUUAUCAUCAUAAUUAAUUUAUACGUGAAUAAGUGGAUGUGUAUAAAGAGACAUUUCUCUUGUUAAGGUACUACAUAUAUGCAAUAACUCUUAAUGAUUGAGAACGAGAUUUAAAAAAGUUAAUUAGCAA